ACAUAAUGACACCGGGACUCCGAAUUAAAUAAUAAACAGAAAGCAGUGUUAGAAGAAACUCGUUAUGUCAAAGGCACAAUGUUUUACGUAAAAGAUUUCCAAGUAGUAAGAAAUAACAAAAUAUUUUCUACCUCAGAAACAAGCGAAAAUACAUUCAGUGUGAUUAUCAACAAGAAUAACGCGAAGACAAACAUAUCGAAAUAUUCUUUAGUGGUUGCUGCUAAACCGUUUAAUUAUUUUAUAUCCUUGUUCGGAUCCAAAUUGGUAUCUUAUGGGGAAAAUGAGAUAACUGGUGUAACAUACUUCAAUAAGCUAUACGCAGUAUUCCUUAUCGCAGCCCAUUUAUUUAUUGUUUUAGCAAUAUAUCGACCACGCAGCUGGAUAGAUACAAUGUCUGAUAUUCCACUUAACAUAUUGACAAAAACAUUUGGUAUAUUAUCCAUUAUUGAAGGUGACUAUUCCAUUUUCUGUACCGCCAUCUUUAAUUCACAAUAUUUUGUGGAACUGUUCAACAAAUUGGACGAACUCGACACUGUUUUUCACGUUUCAAAAGCAGUUUUUACAAGAAGACGGAUCUUAUCAACUUUAUUGGUCGUUUUGCCAGUAGGACAGUUGCUAAGCACAUUUUGGUUGCGAAAGUUUAACAUACAAAAUAUUGGUGCUCAUAUAAAUUUCUUUUUUCUCAUGUUACAAGGAUCAAUAUUUUACUUUGUCAUUGUGAAUAUUUAUGUUAAACUCCUCAUGCUGAACGCUGUACUGAUAAAAAUGGUGCGAAAAACGAUGUCUAAACAAAAAGAGAUGGUGUUAGAAGACACUAUUUGUGACUGUAUUACCAAGAGCAUUUGUGUAGAACCCAAAAUAAUAAAAGUGGAACGAUAUUCUUGGUUUGAACUGAUGCAAAUUUAUGACAAACUUGCUGAUUGCGUUCAUCUCUUCAAUGAAAUAUAUUGUGGUCAGGUACGUAUACAAGAAUCCUACAAAUAGCAAAACAUUUUAAAGGGAACGAUUACAAUUUCUAUCUCAAAAAAAAUACAUUAUGUUUAUUUCAGAUAUUUAUAAUGUACAAUACUUGGUUAUUGGGCACGCUAUUGACAAUUUGUCGGUCCUUAUCACCUUCUCUUAAAUACUCUGAAAUAUUUCUCAGCGAUUUAUUUUUAUAUUUUUGUAUUAACGGUCGACCUUUAUUCUUGGCGACCGUAUCUGAGAUGUUUAUAAGAGAGAGGAAGAAAACAGUACAAGUACUUUUACACGUGCUACGAUUACAUGAAGGAGAUAAUCAACUCUUCAAUCAAAUGAAAACUAUUUUAAUGUUGGUUACGACUCGCAGGCUGGAAAUAUCGGCAAAUGUCUUCAGUAUAAAUGUACCAACAGUUAUGAACUUUGCUGGUCGAAUCAUAUCGUACACUGUACUCAUGAUCCAAUAUUUCUACAGCCAUGAGCAUCCAAAAUAACAAUAAUUUGUAAUUUUGUCUAAAUAUUCUAUUCAUUAUACUCGCCUGAAACACAGGAGG